AUGAAGUGUAAGCCGAACCAGACGCGGACCUACGACCCGGAGGGCUUCAGGAAGCGGGCGGCGUGCCUGUGCUUCCGGAGCGAGCGCGAGGACGAGGUGCUGUUAGUGAGUAGCAGCCGCUACCCGGACCGCUGGAUAGUGCCGGGCGGGGGCAUGGAGCCCGAGGAGGAGCCGGGCGGCGCGGCGGUGCGCGAGGUGUACGAAGAGGCGGGAGUCAAGGGGAAGUUAGGCCGGCUCCUGGGCGUGUUCGAGCACAACCAAGAUCGCAAGCACAGGACGUACGUGUAUGUACUGACUGUCACUGAGCUGCUGGAGGAUUGGGAAGACUCGGUUAGCAUUGGGAGGAAGCGAGAGUGGUUCAAAGUCGAAGAUGCGAUCAAGGUUCUCCAGUGGCACAAGCCCGUGCAUGCCGAGUAUCUGGAAAAACUAAAGCUGGGCGGUUCCCCCGCCAAUGGAAACUCCAUGGCCCCGUCCCUGCCAGAUAGCGAUCCCUAG